AUGGCAUCAAAUUUCUAUAUCGGCCAGCGGCUGUCUUAUGACUCUGUGCCUUGCACAGUGAGAUAUAUUGGGUCGGUAGCUGGCACGAAAAAUGACUGGUUGGGGGUUGAGUGGGACUACCCAUCGCGGGGCAAACAUGAUGGAGAGCAUAAGGGAGUCAAGUAUUUUGAUACUAGACGCGGGUCAACUAAUGCUGGCUCCUUUGUGCGCCCUACCCGAGUGCCAGAUGCCGUAGAGAGUUUCGUCGAGGCAGUGCACCGGAAGUAUGCCUCGGAAGACAUAGAAAGACGGGAUGAGCAAAACGAACUAAUCAAGAAGAAAGAAAUUGAGAUAUCUGGUAAGGUAGUCUACGAAGUGGGCUUUGAUAAAAUCAGGAAACAAAUGGCCCAGCUGGACGAAUUGAAGAUCGUGCUGGUGGACGGAAUGCGCAUUGUCAAGGCCUCAGCGGCAGGGAAACGAAUCAGGGAUAUAUGCCCAAUAAUAUCGGAGCUUGAUAUGAGCAGAAAUCUAUUUCAGAGUUGUGGAGAGAUCAUACAAAUAUGUGCGGAACUGGACCACCUCAAGAGUCUCAGACUAAAUGGGAAUCGUUUAACUAUUUUACCCCAAGAGUUUGAAGGCGGGGAAUCCCAGAACGCCUUUGCAGGUGUGACAGACCUCAGUCUCAAUGAAAUGAUCCUGCCGUGGGAAGAUAUAUGUCUCCUUUCCCGUCAAUUUAAGGACGUCACAUCCAUCGAGGCCAGCUCAAACGAUUUAUUAACGCUAUCACUGAACGGCCCAUCGUCAUUAUUACCAAUGACACUUACAUCUCUUACGUUAGAACAUAACGACUUUUCGAGCCUUUCAGAUCUGCUACCACUUACUAAAUUAUCUUCUCUCAAGUCCCUCCACCUGAAAGGCAACAAAAUUAACACUGUUGGUACUGGCCUCCAAGGAGAGAAACCCGUGUUUUCGAACCAGUUAAGCUAUGCUGACUUGUCAUACAACAAAGUCGCGGAUUGGCAGUUUGUCGAAAGCUUGCCAGAUGCUUUCCCAGGUUUGACAGCUUUGCGAAUGUCCCACAAUCCAGUUUAUGAAGUUGCGGCCAAGCCCGGAGACGUGAUGACAAGCGCCGACGAAGGGUACAUGCUUACACUGGGUCGUCUGGCAAAUCUCAAGUCGCUGAAUUUUAGCACCAUUACGCCUGCUGAGCAGACAAAUGCCGAGAUAUUUUAUCUCUCGCGUAUUGCGAAGGAAAUGGCAGCCGUACCAGAGAAUGAAGAGGGUGCUGUUACUAGAAAGCACAGGAGGUUUUCUGAGCUGUGCAAGAUCUACGAAGCCCCUGUGGUGCGGCGGGCCGAGAAGGCCAUUAAUCCCGAUCUGCUUGAGGCACGACUCAUCAAGUUUACGUUUCGCCUCCCUGCAGGCACUCUUCCAGGCCAAACUUCAGAAAUCAGCAAGGUACAGGAGAUCCCCAGGGGAUUCGAUGUAUAUCGGAUCAAGGGCAUCGUGGGAAAGUUGUUUGAUCUCAGGCCCCUGAGCUUGUGUUUAAUAUGGGAAACUGGCGAGUGGGACCCUGUUGCUGGAUACGAAGAGGAAGAGUAUGACAGUGAGGAUUUAGAGGAAGCGGAUGAUUCGGUUGCCGUGGAUGCAGAAAGCCGAGGCGCAAAAGGCAAAUGGAUGAGGAGGGAGGUGGAGCUCGAGGAUAGCACGAGACAGGUGGGAAAUUCUGUGGAUGGAAUGGAAGCAAAAGUGAGGUUAGAACUCAGAUGA